CUCAUUUAUGUUUAAUGGUUUAAAAAAUUUUCGACAAGUUAUAAAAUUAGGUGUAAGAUACCGUAAAUACGAUGUGACAGAAAAUAUUGUGAGACACGAGAAGGUAACUGUAGAUAUUUUAAAUCGGAAAUUUGAAGAUGUGAUAAUGAUUGAUAGUUAUAGUGCCACUGGAUUCAAGAUUAACAAUGGAUUAAACAUAUAUGGUCCAUUAAUUAUGUUACCCCGAACUGUUUUGAGCUGGAAUGUUGCUAAUAUUGAUGAUAUUACCAUUAAAUCUUUAGCACUUUUUUACUUAUUAGAGCCCAAUUUAGAUUCAUUGAUAAUUGGAGUGGGGGAUCAAAAGAAUAUAAGCAAGUUUGAUAACAAUAUUAUACGUUUUAUGAAAACCAAAGGCAUAAAUGUUGAAGCAUUAGCCACAGACAAGGCAUGCUCCCUGUACAAUUUGAUGAUCUAUGAAAGGAGAAUGGUAGCAGCCGCUCUUCUUCCCCCCGCUACCUUCAAGAUAUCUCAAACCGACCUGGAAAACUUGUAUAUGGAACCCAUGGAACAAAUGGAUCGAGAGUUGAAAAGGAUCGACGACGCCAUUGAAAAGGGUGAAGCCAAGUUUGCGGAAGAAUAUAAACUUUUGGGGAAACAAACUAUGUCCGACGAAAAAAAAUGAUUUUUUUUUGUUGCGUAUUUUUUAAAUAUUUUAAAAACCCGCAUAUUAAAUUACUCGCUCACUAAUUUAAUAAAAGAAGAAUAUAUUGCAAUAUUUAACUUAGCAAUAUUGAUUAAAUUAAUUUAAUUUUAUGUCCUAAACUCUUGAAAUAUUUACAUAUCUUUUAUCUCAUUUUUCUUGUAGCUUUUGUUGUAAUCUUCCAUUUAUUAAUAACCUUAAUUACAUACCCAAAACAUUUAAAUUCAAUGACAUAUAUAAUACCUAGACUGACUAUUCAUUCAUUAAAAGUGUGCAUCGAUGCAAAUCAGCUGGAGACGCCAUUUUGGUUAGACUAAUCAUUAUUAAA